AUGCCAGGAUUCUCCUUCCCACCGGGCUUCACAAUUCCCACCCCACGUCUUCAAAUCAGCCCAUUCAACCCCACCGACCCAGCCCACUGUACCUUCUUAGUCCAACUCUGGAACACUGAGGAUUUCAUCAGCUCCUGCGGAGACACCGGAGUCACCACACCAGAAAAGGCAGCAUCAUUCCUUGAAAACAGAGUCUUGAAAAGCUACGCCUACUAUGGCUAUGGCAUGUUUCUAGUCUCGCGACAGACCGACGAUGGCGUGAAGCCGGUCGGUGUUGUAUCGCUGUUAAAGGGGAUUCCACCAGACCCCCAUUACCUUGCCCCCGAUAUCGGGUUUGCCAUGUUACCCGAAGAAGGUCGGAAGGGGUAUGCGACCGAGGCAGCGACGGCUCUUUUGGAGUAUGUGAAAACGUGUCUUGGGGUAGACGCUGUGUUUGGAUUCUGUUCACCUGCAAAUCAACGCAGUCGGGGAACUUUGGAGAAACUUGGAAUGGAGUUCAGGGGGGUCUGGCCGUUGCAUAUUCUUGGUGGAGAGGAGAGUGCUGUGUAUGCUUUGCCAGGGAUGAGUGAGGAUUUGAGUAUUUACAAUCUUGACUGA